AUGGCAGAAGGCAGUGGAUCGUCAGCAAGAGCUCCUUACAAGUCUUUCCGCCAUUCAACACGGGAGCGACUGCUAAAGGAGAUGCUUCACAGCGUCAAGAGUGGUGACAGCCCAAACGAUUGGAAGGUUCUUGUCAUCGAUGAGCUGACUGUCAGAGUCAUGUCAUCUUCGUGUAAGAUGGCCGAUAUAACCGAUGAAGGCAUCUCAUUGGUUGAGGAUCUGAACAAGAAAAGGCAACCAAUGCCAACUCUUGAAGCGGUGUACUUUGUAAGAGCUACAAACGAGAGCAUUACCAAAAUCAUCAGCGAUAUGUCAGGAAAGUUUCCUUUAUAUAAGAGGGCUUACAUCUUCUUAAGUUCAUCUCUUACACCAGAUCUCCUCAAUAUUAUCAAAAGCGAGAAAACAGUGAUUCAACGCCUUGCAGCACUUAAAGAGAUGAACUUGGAGUAUAUAACCAUCGAUUCACAGGGAUUUGUAACUGCUAAUGCCAUGGCUUUGGAACAACUUUUUGGGGAGAAUAGCGAUACCUCUUCAGAUUAUGAAGAAAUGAUCGACACGAUAGGUACCCGCCUAGCUACUGUUUUCGUAUCCCUAAAGGAGUAUCCUAGUGUGCGAUUUGGAGCCCCUAAAGCUCAAAGUUCAGAAGAUGAACUUCCAGCCGCACGUAAUUUGCUUUCAGCUAAGGUUGCUGCAGUACUUUCAGAACGAUUAGCAAAGUACAAAUCAGCUCUUGCUGACUUUCCCAAAUCCGAAACUUGCGACCUCUUAAUUCUUGAUCGAAGUAUUGAUACGGUUGCGCCAUUUAUACAUGAGUGGACGUAUGAUGCUAUGUGCCAUGAUCUUCUAGGCAUCGAAGGCAACAAAUACGUUUAUGAGAUAACAACUGGAGACAAGUUGGAACGGAAAGAAGUGCUUCUUGAAGAGCAUGAUCCAAUUUGGGUUGAACUGCGUCAUCUACACAUUGCAGAGGCAAAUUUGAAAUUAACUGACAAGAUGAAUCAGUUUGGUUCAAAGAAUAAGGCGGCACAAAUUCGUCUGGGUGCAAAGGAGGGUCAGGAUAUAUCGACAAGAGACAUGCAAAAGCUGGUCCAGGCUCUACCUCAAUUUCGUGAGCAACUCGACAAGUUAAGUCUUCAUAUUCAGAUUGCAACCGUGUUGAACGAAAAAAUAUCUGAACAAUCGCUUAGCGACAUAGCCGCUCUGGAACAAGAUUUUGCCUUUGGAGGAGGAUCAAGUAAAGAGCUAGUCAGACUCUUCAACAUCAAGCCGGAUAUGUCUCUGGAAAACAAACUACGGUUGCUGCUUAUAUAUGCGAGUGCACAUCCUGAUAAACUGGAUGCCAUCAAGCGUCAACAGUGGAUGAAGGCACCAUCAAGAAAAGUAAAAAAAGAGGACAUUGAUACUUGGGAUUUUUCUCGUUUCUAUCCCGUGAUUGAGGACAUCGUUUGGGCGCUCCACAAGGGAGAGCUAUCAAAAGAAGAUUUUCCAUUUGUUAAAGAGCCCGUUCCUAUAUCCAUGCCAAACACUUCUACACCUGCUACCAGUCAUAAGGUUCCACAGUCCAUGCGUACAAGGAAGUCUACGUGGGCAACAAAAAACGCAACAGAUGAUAACCCUGGAAGUGAGACGGCAUCAAGUGCCAACGUUGAAGGCAAAAGAAUCUUCGUGUUUAUUAUUGGAGGUACAACUAGAGUGGAGCUAAAAGCUAUGCACAAGCUAACUUUAAAAUUAAGACGGGAAGUCAUUUUGGGUUCUACUAGCUUAGACGAGCCUCAUCAAUACCUUGAGGUUCGGCAUACAAGAGGUUCAGGAGUGGAAAAACAGUUUAUUCGUGCCCAUCAAGUCUCAGAGUGCGAUCUUGUGGCAGGACCUCAGAAUAAGUGCUCUGCUCCGUGUGACCACUCCACGACCAUCUUCCUCCUGCUGCUCACAAUGCUGCUAUUGGUUGACGCGUUUGUUAUUAUUACUGUGUAUGAAUCUCGCAUUUUUAUCUGGCCGCCAGCUGAAGCCUCAAAGACCUUUCAAUUAAUUUAUGCUUUAGGAUGA